CUCCCUCACCCUCAUGAACUUUCAGGUGCAAAGUAUUCUCCCAUCCUAGCUAGGGUUAUGAUCUUGAUUAUCCAUUCAAAUCCCCAACUAAAGAUUAUAAUCCUGUGAUCUUCCCAUCCCUGCACUACCCCUCAUAUUAUAUGGAUAGGUCUGUGCCACUGUGACACCCCAAAAAUCCCUCCCUUUGUCCUUCCCCUCUCAAGAGUCAUGCCCCCAUGACUCUUAAAGCUUUGCCCCACACAGGAUGGCAGAAGCUCCACAGUUCAACACCACCUUCCUACGCCCAGCCUUCUUUCUACUGACUGGCAUUCCAGGGCUAGGGAGUGCCCAGGCCUGGCUGACACUAGUCUUUGGGCCCAUGUAUCUGCUGGCCCUGCUGGGCAAUGGGACAAUGCUGGCAGUGGUGCAGGUAGAUUCCACACUGCACCAGCCCAUGUUUCUACUCCUGGCCACACUGGCAGCCACAGACCUGGGCUUGGCCACGUCAGUAGCCCCAGGGUUGCUGGCUGUGCUGUGGCUCGGGCCCCGCCCAAUGCCCUACGCUGCCUGCCUGGUCCAGAUGUUCUUUGUUCAUGCGCUGACUGCCAUGGAAUCUGGUGUGCUGCUGGCCAUGGCCUGUGAUCGUGCUGUGGCAGUCGGGCGUCCACUGCACUACCCUAUCCUGGUCACCAAAGCUCGUGUGGGCUGCGCAGCCCUGGCACUGGCACUGAAAGCUGUGACUAUUGUUGUGCCUUUCCCUGUGCUGGUGGCACGAUUUGAACACUUCAGAGCCAAGACUAUAGACCAUGCCUACUGUGCACACAUGGCGGUGGUGGAGCUGGUGGUGGGUAACACACGGGCCAACAACUUGUAUGGGCUGGCGCUCUCACUGGCAGUGUCAGGUGUGGAUAUUCUGGGCAUCACUGGCUCUUAUGGGCUCAUUGCCCACGCUGUGCUGCGGCUGCCUACCAAGGAGGCCCGCGCUAAGGCCUUUGGUACAUGUAGUUCCCACAUCUGUGUCAUUCUGGCUUUCUACGUGCCUGGUCUCUUCUCCUACCUUACACACCGCUUUGGUCAGCACACUGUCCCCAAGCCCAUGCACAUCCUUCUCUCUAACAUCUAUUUGCUGCUGCCACCUGCCCUCAACCCUCUCAUCUAUGGGGCCCGCACCAAGCAGAUCAGGGACCGGCUCCUGGAAACCUUCACAUUCAGAAAAAGCCAGUUCUAAUGGGCAGUGAAAACAAUGGAGCCUAGCGGUGGAGCUGGAGGACUUUCAGAGAAUCUGGUGUCUGGAGGUAUGGAUUAUGUUAUUGGUCCCAUUAUCAGCAUAUGACUGUCAUAAUCACUCAACAGAUAUUUGCUGUGAAGCCCCUACUAUGUGUACCUCUGGAAUGUGUAGUUUAGUCAAGCCACAUAUCCUGCCUGAGGGGAGGCAGGAGGCAGGGUGCUAUGUGUUACCAUGCAGCGAAAAUAAGAUCAGGAAUU